AAUGGCACUAACUAAACUAUCCAUCCACACCAAAAAAAAGUUGUUCUCUCUGUCCGCUUCUUCCCCCUUCUCCGUUUCUGAAUUCAAUUCUCCCUCCUCCUCCUCCUUCCUUCGCCAAUGGCAGCCUCCUUCACCGUGUCGCCGCUCUCUGCUCUUAGUCUCACCGCUUCAUUCUCUUCACCGUCGUCGACGCUACUAUAUAUGAGUCCUCUGAAGCUUCCUCGCCGCAGCUCAACCCGGCGGAUGGCGGCGCAUUGCUCUUCGGAGACGGGUCCGUCUUCCGCGAGCAGGCAACCUCAUAUGUCACCGACGCUUCCAUCGCCCAUGAAUGAAAAUGGCACGUCCAGACCUUGCAAGUGGCGGAGGGUGUUGCUUAAAGUGAGCGGGGAAGCACUUGCAGGAGAUAAUGAGCAGAACAUCGACCCCAAGGUUACGAUGGCCAUUGCAAGGGAGGUUGCAGCUGUAACACGCCUUGGCAUUGAGGUUGCCAUUGUCGUUGGUGGGGGGAAUAUUUUUCGUGGAUCUACUUGGGCUGGAUGCAGUGGCCUUGAUCGUUCUUCUGCGGAUUAUAUUGGAAUGAUGGCAACUGUCAUGAAUGCUAUAUUUCUUCAAGCAACUAUGGAGAGUAUCGGCAUCCCAACAAGGGUACAGACUGCAUUUCGCAUGUCAGAGGUUGCUGAACCAUAUAUACGCCGCAGAGCAGUGCGCCAUCUUGAGAAAGGAAGGGUCGUUAUUUUUGCAGCUGGAACUGGAAAUCCGUUCUUUACAACCGACACUGCCGCUGCAUUGCGCUGUGCUGAAAUAAAUGCAGAGGUCGUACUGAAAGCUACAAAUGUUGACGGAGUAUUUGAUGAUGAUCCCAAGCGUAACCCCAACGCCCGCCUUCACGAAACCCUGACUUACCAGGAGGUGAUGUCGAAAGAUCUAUCGGUCAUGGACAUGACGGCCAUCACUUUGUGCCAAGAGAAUAACAUUCCCGUUGUGGUGUUCAAUCUUUCGAAACCGGGCAACAUCAGCAAGGCAAUCAAAGGGGAAAGCGUCGGGACACUGAUCGGAACAGGCGAGAAUCCGGUGGUGGCAGGGGCAGAAGGAUGAUGAUGUUAGAUAAUACGCAAUCCUGUUUCAGUUAUUUUGGCGGCUUUUCCGUUUUCAGGGACAGUUGGAGAUUAAUUAGUAAGGUGCCCUCUGUAAAUACAUAUAGUUAGUGGUUAUUGAAACUCGUUGGUGUGGGGUUUUGGAUGAAACCCAUUGGUAGAAAAUUCAGAUAUGAGAUGAGUGGUGGACUAAUGCGUGUAAUUUUUAAUUUUAAUAGUUAUUUUUGCGUCGAGGUUGGAAUUCUGGGUUUGAUGAUUGGUGCUUUCAAGUUUCAUCUAGUCCAAUUGUUAACUCUUGUUCUCGUAAUCUUGGGGGCAUGGUUUAGUAGAGAGAGUAAGGUGACUUAAAAGAUUUUUAUUAGAUCUGGUGUGGACCAAAUUGUUACUCUUAAAUGUAGGAUGGCAA